AUGAUGCUCAAUGGUACCCAUCGCAAGAUACGCGUUGCAACCGCACAGUUCUAUUCCCACACAGAUGUAUCAGCUAAUCUUGAAUUGAGCCGAAAAUACAUUAGAGAGGCAGCGGCGGCAGGAGCACAACUAAUUGUCUUGCCCGAAAAUGCAAAUCGAACGAGGAUAGAUUACAAGGAUCGCGAUACUGCCUAUCGACUAUGCGAGGACAUUGACGGUGAAUAUAUUACAGGCCUUUGUGAAACCGCAAAAGAACUAAACAUAUACAUUGUCGCUGGCGUGGAUUUGAAAACUGCGACACCACCUAACGUGAACAUAGCAGUUGUACUCAUCGGAAAUGAGGGAAGGGUACUUUACGUGCAUCACAAGACAGUUUUGUGGGACUAUGAGUAUGCCCUUUUCGUGCCAGGCUCGAAAGAGAUUGAGGUCAUCGACACGCCAAUUGGGAAACUUGGUCUCUUGAGUUGCGCAGAUGGGAUCGUACCGGAAGUUCCUCGCUUGUCUGCUUUAAAGGGCGCUGAGAUUCUCUGCAACAGCCUAAACUCUCGUGGGCCUGAUGAGAUGCGGAGCCACGAGCCUCUACGGGCCAUCGAGAACCACGUUUGGAUGAUUGCGAGCAACAGCGUGGGUGGACCAGAGGAUCAAUACCCAUGGACGGGAGGAUCGCAGAUAAUUAGUCCCACGGGCGAGAUUCUGGCUUGUGCUGGAGAGACGGACUAUGGGAUGGUCUGGGCAGAUAUCACGCCUGAGACUUCGUUUCCCAAAAUUCUUGGAGGCGGCAUCGGCUCGUUGGAGGAAUUUAGGAGACCAGAUAUGUAUGCCGACUUGGUCGCUCCCAUCGACUCGCUGCCCGUGGCAAAGAUGUAUGGAGCUGUCCCCAAGGAUGCUCCUAAGCGGCCGUUGCAAGUUGCCACCUUGCAGCUUAGUUGGUAUCACAGCACGGUCUGGACGAUAAAUCGGACAAUCGGUCAAAUCAAAUAUGCAGCCUCGAGAGGCGUGCAACUUGGAGUAUUCCCAGAGCUGUUUAUUUUCAAGCGCGACGAGGUUACGCGUGAUCCCGCGGCGGCUGCCCAACGUUCGGCAGAAGUGCUGACUCAAAUUCAGCAUGCUGCAAAAGACGCUGGCACCAUUUGGAUAGUUGCGAGCUUAGUGGAACAAGAGGGCGAUUCUUAUUACUCUACAGCGUUUCUGGUAGACAAUGAAGGCUCGGUUGCAGGCAAAUAUCGGAAGCUCCAUCUGAGCCAAGCCGAAAGAAAAUGGGCGACACCGGGCAAUGUGCUUUCCGUCAUUGAGACUGCGGUAGGGAAUAUUGGAUUGAUGAUCGGAAACGAGGUCUGGCUUCCUGAGAUGGCACGACUACUGACUUUGCAUGGGGCCGAAGUGAUUGCGCAUCCGGCGGAUUGGGACAGGAUAGAGGCUGCAACGUGCGCGGCAGUGGAGCGGACGGAGGAGAAUAGGACUCACCUUAUUUCGUGCGCUCGUAUGGACAACCACGCGAAGUUUGGCAGUCAGAUUGUGGUGGCAGAUCGCUUUGUUCCGGGCCAGUGCAUUGCGCUCAUGAGGUAUCCAACUGCAGUCUGGUCACGCACCGGGUUUGAGGAGAACAUCUUCUAUGAGCUGGACUUGCAAGACUCGCAUUCCAAGGUUCAAGGCUUCUAUUUGGACCCUUGUGCUACUCGGCAACCGCAUUUGUAUUCUGUCUUUACGCGAUCAUCCGUCCGCGGAGUCGCACAGGGCAAGGCGUAA